AUGGAGACUCGAGUGUCCAGAAAAGAUCUGUUUGAGGAUAUCUCAGAACCCGUGGGCGAGCCAGUGGUCGACCUGGAGUUUGAUGAAGUCAAUGUGGAUGUUGUCAGCGACGAUGGCCAAGAUACUAGCGCGUUCCAGCUGUUUGGUGGUCAAACCAUGACCAUUGAUCUGAACGCUGAAGAUGACGACGGUCCUGUGGUGACAAGGCCAGAUAGCUACUACUUUGCCGUGUCAGGCGCCGACCGCGAACGGUGCAUUCUUGUUGCAGUUACAGGAGAGGAUAUUUUAGAGCAAGCGGCUAGGGAACUGGCCAUCGCAGCAAGCAGUCCGCCGGCCCCCGAUAUCAACGAAGGGUGGAUCAAGCCACGGCGGAAGUGUCGGCCGGGCAAAUCGGCACGAAAGAACCGCAAAGAGCUUAAUAUUAAACGGGAGCAACAACGCAAGGAGGAACAGCAACGCUGGAGAAGGCGUCCCAAGUUCAACCGCCGGUAA